GAUAAAUCAGAAAACUAGAUAAGAUAUAAGAUAGAAUUGUUGAUCGUUCGGUUUUCAAUUUAGUUCGUUUAGUUUUAGUUCAGAGUUCAGUUUCUUGAGUUGAGUAGAUUGUACACUCAUUACAUUUAAGAAAGUGAACUCUUGUUAUAAAUAUAUAUACAGAUAUAAAUAUAAAUAUGUUAGCAUUAGUGUUAAGUAUGAAAUAUAAGUAAAAAAAAAUAAAUGACUAGAACUGGAUUUAAUUUUGAGUAUUAUUGACAAGAGGUUAAAGUUUAAAGUGUUAAAGUGUUAAUUAUCAGCUCCAUAAUUAUUGUAAUUAAUUAUUUACUUUGCACAUUUGGUCAUCGAUAUUUUCAUACAUUUUUUUUAAUACUUUUGGGUAUAUAAAUUUUAAAUAAUGGAAGUCGAGCCAAUAUCACAUGGAAUAAUAUUUAUUCCUCUAUCAACUGAUUCAUCAUCAGAUGCCGUUGCAUCGAUUAAAUUUAAUCAAACUUUAAAUUUACAAUCGUUGCCAUUGGUAGCAUUACCACAAAAUAAGUCUACAGAAGUGUCACAACCAGGACGAGUGACAGAACCAGAAAAAAAAACAGGAUCCGCAGCAGAACCAGCAUUGGAAUCAGCAGCGAGGCUGUCAAGUGAAAAAGAAAGUUUGGGAAAAAUAAAACAGACACCAGACAAAACAAAAGGAUGUCCGAUACCCACAUGCUCGCGAUACCAACGUGCAUUUUCACGUGCUCAUGAUUUGAAACGUCAUAUGGCACGUCACGAAGCUAAAUUACAAAGUAACAAUGAGCCCCAGCCAUCUGAUGUGCGCACUUGUGGCCAAUGUGGUGAUAAUUUUCUCAAUGACUCAAUACUGCAACGUCAUAUUAAUUCUACACACCCCAUAGAACACGAUGGUGUUAAUAAUUCUGUUCAUACAAACGCAAAUGUUGGUAAUAAUAAUAAUAAUAUACAAAGUAAUGAUAGUCAAGAUAUUAUUUAUGAGAAUACCGAGUACUCAAACAGACUUGAAGAAAUUAAAUUUGAUAAUUCUGAUCAUCUAGACAGUCAUCCUGCUACUGAUAAGAAACCAACGGAAAAUAAAUCUUCGCUCUGCGGAUUAAAUUUCCAAAAUGAAGAAGCAUUAAAAGAACAUUCAGCAAAACUCCAGCUCGAGUUACAAAAUUCUCCAGAUGUCCAGUCGAGAGAAAAAACAGCCGACGAUUUUUCACUAGAAGAAUUGCUGCUACUAAAAAAUCCACGGGUGCCUACAAAGACCAGAUCUAAGUCAAAGUCUCCGCAGGUUGAUAAGGAUAAAAUAAAGUGCAAUUACUGCGCGAAGACGUUCAAGACCCAGUGGACACUGAACACACACGUGGCAGCACACGAAGGACGUUAUCAGUUUUCCUGUUCGAUUUGUAGCAAAAAAUUCGUCAGGAAAAGUCAUUUCAAUAGUCAUUUACGGUCACACGAAGCUGCUCGUCCUUAUGUUUGCGAUAAUUGCGGCAAAGCGUUCAAAGAAUUGAAACAUCGGCGGGAACAUAUGAAACGCACGCAUAAUAAUAACAAUAAUAUUAAUAGUAAUAAUAAUAAUAAUAAUCGUAAUGCGAUACAAAAUUUACUAGACAGUAUAAGUGCAUCAGUAAUUGCUGAAGAUACAAUUUACGAUGAACCAAAAUUAACUUUACUCAUGCCGAUGAAUUUUUCUAAUUAAUUUAUUAAUAUUUAUAAAAAAGAAUAAAUAAAAUUGUUUAUAUAUUUAUGAAUAAAUAAUUAAUUACCCGAAUGUUGCUGUUAAUUUAA